AUGAAAAUACAUACCGGAGAAAAACCUUUUUCGUGUAAUAUCUGUGAAUAUAAAUGUAUACGAAAAUCUGACUUGAGAACACACAUAAUAAACCAUACCAUAGAAAAACCUUAUUCGUGUCAUAUUUGUGAAUAUAAAUAUAUUACAAAAAGUAAAUUGCAAAAACAUAUGAAACUACAUACCGGAAAAAAAAUUUUUUCAUGUAAUAUCUGCGAAUAUAAAUGUAUUCAAAAAGGUAAUUUGCAAAGGCAUAUGAAAACUCAUACCGGAGAAAAAUCUUUUUCGUGUAAUAUAUGUGAAUAUAAAUGUAUUACAAAAAGUUGUUUGCAAAGGCAUAUGAAAAUACAUACCGGAUAA